GUGCGGCAAACACUUUCGAUUCAGCCGUUGUGAAUCCCUCUCACUGACUGAAGAUCAGCUCUGCUCUCUGCUGCGCAGCAAGAAUUCGGGCCCUGCCGGCUCGAGAAUCGGCUUGACUCGACACACUUGAAGGGUUCGUAAUAAUGGGUGAAAUGAAACUGAAUGGCCUCGAUGGGCUCAAAACUGAGCAAAAAUAUAACAAAGUUGUUAAGCACAUACAGGAUAAGUGGAAAUUAGUGCCAGCUUUUUUGAAGGGGAAAGGACUCGUUAAGCAACACAUUGACUCCUUCAAUUAUUUCGUCAAUGUUGAAAUCAAAAAGAUUGUUAAAGCUAACGAAAAGGUGAUUAGUGAUGCCGAUCCACUCUUCUACGUCAAAUAUCUGAAUGUAUACAUCGGUUCCCCUGAUGUCGAGGAAGGCUUCAAUGUAACAAGAUCUACAACGCCUCACGAGUGUCGCUUACGAGACUUAAAUUAUUCCGCGCCAAUAACGGUGGACAUUGAGUACACGCGAGGACAUCAGCCCAUAAUCAGAAAUAAUCUUUUGAUAGGAAGGAUGCCAAUUAUGCUAAGAAGUUCAAAUUGCGUACUCACCGACAAAUCGCACUUCGAGCUGGCCAAGAUGAACGAGUGUCCACACGAUCCUGGCGGCUAUUUUGUGAUAAACGGUCAAGAAAAGGUCAUCCUCAUCCAAGAACAGAUGUUGAGGAAUAGAAUCAUCCUGGAACAAGAUAGCAAAGGAUGCAUCGUCGCUUCUUGUAACAGUUCUACUCACGAGAGAAAAACAAGAACAAACGUUAUAGGAAAAGGUGGAAAAUAUUACAUGCGACACAAUAUUUUUCAAGAUGAUAUUCCAGUGACAGUGGUGUUUAAAGCGAUGGGAAUAGUUUCUGAUCAAGAAAUCGUGCAGCUAAUAGGAACCGAGGAGGAUUACAUGAAAAAAUUUUCCCCCAGUUUAGAAGAAUGUCAUACUCUGAGUGUUUUUGCGCAGAACCAAGCGCUCAAGUACCUUAGCAAUAAAAGAAAACAAAAACGAUUCGCUUCUGUGAUAAAGUCGAGUGUCAUAGACGAAGUUAAAGAUCUGUUGGCCACCAACGUCCUUUCUCACGUUCCGGUCGUAGAUUUCAAUUUCAAAAUGAAAGCGACCUAUCUCGCAUUGAUGGUACGUCGAGUAAUGAGAGCUCAGGUAGACGGUAAAUUAAUUGACGACCGAGAUUAUUACGGUAACAAGCGAUUGGAAUUGGCUGGAUCUCUUUUGUCGCUCAUGUUCGAAGAUUUGUUCAAACGAUUCAAUUGGGAAUUGAAACAAAUAGCGGACAAAAAUAUACCCAAGAUAAAAGCUGCACAAUUCGAUAUCGUGAAACACAUGAGACAAGACCAGAUCACCAAUGGAUUGGCUUUCGCCAUAUCUUCCGGCAAUUGGACCAUUAAACGUUUCAAAAUGGAACGUCACGGUGUGACCCAAGUCCUAUCGAGAUUGUCCUACAUUUCGGCAUUGGGUAUGAUGACAAGAGUGAAUUCGCAGUUCGAAAAAACCCGAAAAGUUUCCGGACCACGAUCGCUCCAACCGUCGCAGUGGGGAAUGUUGUGUCCGAGUGACACUCCUGAAGGAGAAGGUUGCGGUUUAGUGAAAAAUUUGGCUCUCAUGACACACAUCACCACUGAAGUUGAGGAUGAACCCAUCGUCAGAUUAGCUUUCAAUCUUGGCGUCGAAAACGUCAACAUACUCGGUGGCGAAGAGAUAAACAACAAGGACGUUUACAUGGUUUUUUUGAACGGCAACAUUUUGGGUAUUGUGAAAAAUUACAACAGACUAGUCAACGUGUUUAGAAUGCUCAGACGAAAAGGUCUCGUUAAUGGAUUCGUUUCCAUAUAUUUGCAGCAUCAACACAGGUGUGUUCAGAUAAGUUCGGACGGCGGAAGAUUGUGUCGUCCUUACAUAAUAGUAAAAAAUUCAGAGCCUUUGAUACGUGAAAGCGAUAUAAAAGAUUUAGAACGCGGUGUGAAAUCUUUCGAGGAUUUUCUUCAGGACGGUUUCAUCGAAUAUCUCGACGUAAACGAGGAAAACGACAGUUUCAUUGCGUUCGACGAGUCUCACAUACACGAGAGAACGACUCAUUUAGAGAUCGAGCCUUUCACUCUUCUGGGAGUUUGUGCAGGCCUCGUGCCCUAUCCGCAUCACAAUCAAAGCCCGAGAAACACGUAUCAAUGUGCUAUGGGAAAACAAGCGAUGGGAACGAUCGGUUACAACCAGCGUAAUCGAAUCGACACGCUCAUGUACAAUCUCGUUUAUCCCCAAGCUCCGAUGGUCAAAUCUCGUACAAUCGAACUUAUAAAUUUCGACAAAUUGCCAGCCGGACAAAACGCCACCGUUGCUGUAAUGUCGUACAGCGGUUACGACAUCGAAGACGCCCUCAUCCUAAACAAAGCUUCGAUCGAUCGUGGCUACGGUCGGUGUCUGGUUUACAGAAACGCUAAAACUACUCUCAAAAGAUAUGGGAAUCAAACUUACGACCGAGUGAUGGGCCCCUUGAUCGACGGGACGACGAAAAAACCGGUCUGGAAACACGACAUCAUCGACUCCGAUGGGAUCGCUGCACCCGGUGAAAUGGUCGAAAACCGCAAAGUUAUGGUCAACAAAUCCAUUCCAUCGACCACCAUAAGUCCGGUAAAUCCAACCAAUAUUCCUGCUCAAUCGGAAUAUCGCGAGGUUCCGGUCGUCUUCAAGGGACCGGUGCCAGCUUACGUUGAAAAAGUCAUGAUUUCCAGCAACGCUGAAGAUGCAUUUUUAAUAAAACUUCUUUUACGACAAACGCGAAGGCCCGAAAUUGGCGAUAAAUUCAGCAGUCGCCACGGCCAGAAAGGAGUUACCGGUUUAAUCGUCGAACAAGAAGACAUGCCUUUCAACGAUUCUGGCAUAUGUCCUGACAUGAUCAUGAACCCUCACGGCUUCCCAUCCCGUAUGACGGUCGGUAAACUCAUCGAGUUGCUAGCAGGAAAAGCUGGUGUUUUGAAAGGCGAAUUUCACUAUGGCACGGCUUUCGGUGGCUCGAAAGUUUCGGACGUUUGCGAAGAGCUCGUUAAUCACGGCUACAAUUACAUGGGGAAGGAUAUUUUUUAUUCCGGCAUCACAGGGGAGCCUCUGCAAGCUUACAUUUAUUCUGGACCGGUUUACUAUCAAAAGUUGAAGCACAUGGUCCAGGACAAAAUGCACGCGAGAGCUCGUGGGCCAAGGGCUGUUCUAACGAGGCAACCUACUGAAGGAAGAUCGAAAGAGGGUGGCUUGAGAUUGGGCGAGAUGGAAAGAGAUUGCUUGAUCGGUUACGGCGCCAGCAUGAUGCUCGUUGAACGCCUCAUGAUUUCCAGUGACGCUUUCGACGUUGACGUUUGCAACAAAUGCGGUCUCAUGGCGUACAGUGGUUGGUGUCACAGUUGUAGAUCGAGUGCUUGUGUCUCCACUAUUUCAAUGCCCUACGCGUGCAAACUUUUGUUCCAAGAACUACAAUCAAUGAAUAUUGUGCCAAGAUUGACGUUGAAAAAUUACUGCGAGUGAGAACCAAUUAUUUAUAAGCAUUUCUCUAUCUAACGAGAGGCUCGCUUAAUAAAAUGUACAGUCUGAA